UGUAGGCUAACUAUUGGGUUCUCAGCAUUGCGCUGCCAACUUAACUGAACUAUAUGCUAUUUUGAUAAACCAUUUAUUUAUGUAUUAUUUUAGGUAGGGUAAAAUGUUGUCGUUGCUUUUACUGUGCCCCAUUUUUGUUGCGUGUAAAGUACACUCUCCUCCAACGGCAACCGUUUGCACUCCAAAGGCUUGCUUCACUUGGUAUAGUGAGGGACUUUCGUUUCAUGAGACUGCAGACAAGUGUAAGGACCUCGGAGGCGACAUAGCCACUAUUCGAGAUCAAUCUGAAUUAAGUGAAGUGGAAUUCGUUGUCUCACAGCUCAGCGAAAAAGACAUCAAGUUUUGGAUCGGACUUCGGCUACCAAAAAGUCACUGCACCCUGCCCAUCUUAAAUUUAAAAGGUUUUAAAUGGAUUUCUGGAGCAGAGGAUUCCCAGUAUUCUAACUGGGAAAAAGAUCCAGAGAACACGUGCACUGCAGAACGUUGCGUUGUAGUUCAGAGAUCAUCCAGCCUUGACCUCAAGUGGAUUGACACGUCUUGCAAAACAAAACAUUUUUACUUGUGUCGCUUUUAUUUCAAAGGAACGUGUCCAACCCUUUCGGUGAUGGGACCCUCAACUGUAAGUUACACUGUCCCCUUUUCGGCCUCUCCUCUUAAUCAAGACAGUGGCUUUGCUCGUUGGCCGCAUGGGACAUUUGCUGAGAUAUUAUGUGAUUCUGGUCAGUUAAAUUAUACGAUUUGUAAAGAAAAUGACGGUGUUUUUGCAUGGACAUCUCCGGGUCCGUUCUGCAAUGAUCGGAAAACAAGCUGUGAGAACGUGAAAAGAGGAUGUGAACAUUUUUGUGUUGCAGAAGAAGCAGGAGUUCACUGUGGGUGCAAUGACGGGUAUCAACUGGGUGAUGAUGGAAUCUCAUGCAUCCUUAAAAAUUAUUGCCUGUCUGCACCAUGUAAAUACAACUGCCUCACUAACACCUCGGGAUUCGUGUGUGUCUGUCCAGAUGGAUUCCAGUUGGCAGCAGAUCAGAUCAGCUGUGUUGAUAUCGAUGAGUGUACUGUGUCACCUCCAUGCGGUGAGCACAUAUGCCGUAAUACCAAUGGAAGUUACACCUGUCAGUGUAGAGAGGGCUUUACUUCAGCCGAUGGGCAGUGUCAAGAUGUCGACGAGUGUACCCAGUCAAUAUGUCAUCAAGGUUGCCUGAAUUCUUUAGGGUCCUUCUCCUGUUACUGUUCCGCAGGGUUCAAGUCAUUGGACGGGGGUUUGUCAUGUGUUGACAUUGACGAAUGUCUCGAUCUGAAGACAAAUCGUUGUGAAGAUAAAUGUAGAAAUACCGUGGGGAGUUAUAUGUGCUCUUGCAGACCCAAUUUUAAAUUGGCGGGCAAUGGAAUAUCUUGCAUCGCCGAAAAGUCUGGAGUUUCCAGUGAGCAUACACAAGACCCCAAGGUCACACAGAGUCCAUUUCAAGUACCACAGGUUACAGCUGACCCAGUGGUUACUUAUUCACCAACCUCUACUUCCAAAAAUCCAUCCAACCACUCCAUUACGCACGCACCAUUUGGAGAUCUUAGCAACACCAGUGACACUGUAUAUAAAGCACCAGUCAUUAAUUCGUGGGUGCUGGUCUGUGUUUUAGCAUCAGUCAUACCGCUCAUUAUUUUAAUUUUUCUGACUGUUGUUAUCGUCAUUUGCCGCUGUAAUCGUUCUAAGAGCCAUAAGAAGAAGCCAAGCCCAACGGCGGACAGUUAUUGUUGGGUGUCCUCUGGUCUUGGACCAAUGCCAGAGAAAAUACAUGACAUGACAUGAAUGUUCAACAGCAACACGUUGAUUUAAGGGACAGUGUACUGUGUACAUGUGUAUGGUCAUUUAAGUGUGACAUUGUUUAGUCUUGAAUCUUUGAUGUGGCUAUGCACCUGCACUCAAAACAUGAAACAUUCAAAACAGAAUUGCGCUUUGAAUUAAAACUAGAGCUUCAUUGUUGUGCAACAUUGUUGUACUUAUUUAUACCACAAACAUGUUGAUGAUAUUCUGGAAUUCGUAUAUGGUGUAUCGUUGACAUAAACACUGAAUAAAACCGAUAAUCUAGCCUAA